UAUCUCGUAACAGAUGUACUCUAAGAAUACACACUGAACAUACUAAGAUGAUUAUUUUUACUACACCAAGGAAAGAGCCCAAAGGCACUGAAGUGUUGGCAAUCAUCGGUAUAAAACUCCAGCUCAGCUUUCUGGUGAGCUCAUUCCUUUCCCGAUUUACAGGACACCAAAAUGAGUGCAAAAAAGUCUCCUGAAGAACUGAAGAGCAUUUUUGCAAAAUACGCAGCCAAAGAAGGUGAUCCAGACCAGCUGUCGAAGGAGGAGUUGAAGCUAUUGAUUCAGACUGAAUUCCCCAGUUUGCUGAAAGGCCCCAGCACCCUAGAUGACCUGUUUCAAGAACUGGACAAGAAUGGAGACGGAGAAGUUAGUUUUGAAGAAUUCCAGGUGUUAGUCAAGAAGAUAUCCCAGUGAAGGCAAAAAA